AUGGGAAAACCCGAAUCUCCCCAGAAAUCAUCAGUGGAGAGGUCACAUUCGACAAAUUCGAUAUCAUCGUUGCUAAAAAACCGUUUCAAAAAGAACCAACAAGAUGAUAACAAGCAAUUGAAGAGCCCACAGACAGAUAUAGCAGAGACACCAGAACAAGAUGGCAAUAAUUCGCAGACAACUGAGGAACAAGACCUGACUCUCGAGCAGUACCGUAGUCAAAUAAAAGAACAAUCUGUAACAUCCCAAGAAGACCUUGGCCAUGCGCAGGACGGGUUUCUCAACAGAUGGGGGUUGUGGGGCCAAGAGCAACAAUCUUCUUGGUCUAGCUGGAUAGGAACUUUUGGACGACAGGCCGCAACGCAAUCACACACUAAUGCUGCCAGUAAUGUAACAGAGAGUGAAGCGCGCGGAUGGUGGGGGUGGCCGUGGUCAGCAGCUGCGAACGAGAAUUCGAAAGAUCAGGCAUCAGUGCGAACGAGCGAGGAUGAACGAGUGAAAGCAGCAGUCGACCAAUUAUCUGUUCUGGGGCCACAAAUACAGCGAACAACAUCAUGGGCUUUCGAAACUCAUUAUGGGAACAAGGGAGGCGAACUGAGCAUUUUCGGUACAGCGACUUCAAAUUCGCCUGUUCAUUGUGAAUCGCUACCAAAAACACAGUAUGAAAAUCAAGAAGCUUCAAUCGACAAGCUAGAAGAGUCGUUUUCUGAUGUGGUACCUGAUAUAAGCUACAAUUACCGCGAUUUAACUAGGAGGACAAAAUUGCGGCUUUUCCUAUCAAAGAUAUGCCCCGUUCCAUUGGUACCUCCAGAAAUGCACCUCUACCACGACCCGACAUUCAACGAACCCUUGUUGGGCAAGACAGAGACUAAAAAGGCUCUUAUAAUAUCUAUUCAUGGGUUCCUCCCUUUCAAAAUGAUUAAAUCGCUUAUCGGACAGCCUACAGGAUCAGCUAAUAUAAUGACAGAAAAAAUCACAGAUUGCUUGCGUGAAUGGGGAAGAAAUCACGGAGUCAACAUGGAUAUAGAAACCAUAUCGAUGGACGGCUCGGGAAGAAUCCUCGAAAGGGUCAAUAGCUGUCUAUUUUUGCUGCUAGACAAUUGGUUAGACUCGAUUUUGAACUGCGAUUAUUUAUUUGUUGCAUCCCACUCUCAAACAGUACCCGUGGCAAUACAUGUUAUAUCGCGACUGAUAACGGCAGGCUACAUCGAUAAUAUUGAAAAGGCAGGACUAAUAAAUAUUUCAGGGGUGUGUCUUGGUCCUUACAAAGGGCUCGACUCGAAGCUUUCCGUCAGAGCCUACACUCCUUUUGAAAACGACGUUUUGAUGGAGCUCUUUGAUUUCCAAGACGACGAAACCGUCCAAAGCAAAGAGCUCGCACGACAUAUCGAAAUCCUUUUGCGCAAAAAUGUCAAGCUGACUUUUGUUGGCUCGAUGGAUGACCAGUUUGUUCCGCUCUAUUCGUCUAUGUGUGCUCAUCUCAAUCAUCCCAACAUUUAUAGAUGCGUCUACCUGAAAGACAACACUCCUGCAUUUUUGAGGCAGCUUGUGACGCUGGUGAUGAUUGUGCGAAAUUUGAACUACGACGAUCACGAAUUGCUAGUUGAAAUUAAUAGCUAUUUACAGGGCACUUUGGGAGCAGGAAGUCAUGGCAAUAUUAUAACUAAUAAAAACGUUUAUCGGGUGGGUAUCGCCAAUAUUCUAGAAACCUCAAACCCUGUUGCUCAACAUCGUCUAAACGUGAAGCCUAUCAACGUUAAGAAAUUCUGCUUCAACCAAUAUCAUCUCCCCUGGUGCCUGCGAGGAUUUUUGCAAGAGGUGUUGAAAUUGCACAAUUUCCCCACCAGGAAGCUAUUGCAAAAUUUGUUUGACGCCUACAGACAAUGGGACCCUCAGUCAAAACAGCACAAAGACCUCAAGUACACUAUUGAAGUUUUAGGCAAGUCGCCUAUUGGGGAACUGUGUAUGGAUUAA